GGCCUCAGCCCCCGCGCGGCGCCCGCGAACCGGCGGCGACGGCGCCGGGCUGUGGGGAGUCGGGGGGCGCCGGGGCGGGUGUCGGGGGGCGCAGAGUCGGGAUCCGGGGGCCGGACCCCCCGGCGGCCGCCAUCAUGCAGGAGAUCAUCGCCAGCGUCGACCACAUCAAGUUCGACCUGGAGGUGGCGGUGGAGCAGCAGCUCGGGGCGCAGCCGCUGCCCUUCCCCGGCAUGGACAAGUCCGGGGCCGCGGUGUGCGAGUUCUUCCUGAAAGCCGCCUGCGGCAAAGGGGGCAUGUGCCCGUUCCGCCACAUCAGCGGGGAGAAGACGGUGGUUUGCAAGCACUGGCUGCGCGGCCUGUGCAAGAAGGGCGACCAGUGCGAGUUCCUGCACGAGUACGACAUGACCAAGAUGCCCGAGUGCUACUUCUACUCCAAGUUCGGCGAGUGCAGCAACAAGGAGUGUCCGUUCCUGCACAUCGACCCCGAGUCCAAGAUCAAGGACUGUCCCUGGUACGACCGCGGCUUCUGCAAGCACGGGCCCCUGUGUCGCCACCGGCACACGCGGAGGGUCAUCUGCGUCAACUACCUGGUGGGCUUCUGCCCCGAGGGCCCCUCGUGCAAGUUCAUGCACCCGCGGUUUGAGCUGCCCAUGGGGACCACGGAGCAGCCCCUCCCGCAGCAGACGCAGCCGCCCACCAAGCGGGCGCCGCAGGUGAUCGGGGUGAUGCAGAGCCAGAGCAGCAGCGCGGGCAACCGGGGGCCGCGGCCGCUCGAGCAGGUCACGUGCUACAAGUGCGGCGAGAAGGGUCACUACGCCAACCGAUGCACCAAGGGGCACCUGGCCUUCCUCAGCGGGCAGUGACCCGGGGGACCGGAAGCCGGGGGGCCGGAAGCCGGGGGGACCGGAAGCCGGGGGGCCGGAACCCGGGGGACCCGGAUGACGGACACGCGCCCCCUCCCCCCGGGGUCCCCGUGAUGCCCCCCACGCGAUGCCUCCCUCGUGGACAGGGGGGCAGAGAGAGAUAGAGAGGGAGGGAGGGAGGGAGAGGGGGGCACUGGGCCCCGCCCUCCCUCCCCGAACCCCGCCCUCCCCAGAGCGAGCGAGCGAGCAAGUGCCGGGCGGAGGGGGCGGGCAGGGGGCGGGG